AUGCCGGACGAAGUAGAAAAUAUCAUGCCUGCAAGGUGUAAACGAAUUCCACUAGAGGGACAAGCUGGUUUUGAAUGGUAUUUGGGAGAGCAAGUGGCUAUGCAAAGCUUAGGCAACAAAGAACCUCGAGUACCCAAAACUCCACUGGGGACAAUGCUUUCGGAUUAUACACUCACUAAAGAGUCAGAGGUCAAGGAUGCACUUAAUGAGUAUCCAGCUUCAGAAUGGCUUGCAAAGUCAUCCGACUAUGCAAAGUACAGAGAUGAGUACGUAAGGUACCGGCACUGUGAGGACUUUCGUGAAGCGACAACCGAGAAAUCUAGAAGGUGCGAUUAUAAGGGUUGGAAACAUCGCUCCUCAUGCAUGGUCAGUGUGAAUAACAAGCUGGGGCACUGA